AUGAGCGAUGCAAAGCUAUUUACCAAGGCCAAAAGUGUCGAGAUCAAAGCGGAGAUAGACCAAGCACUCAAAAGGACCAAACCCAUAAGUCGAAUCAAAAUCAUUCUCCGAAAACUCCUUGCUAAUGUAAUGCUCAACAAUACUGAAAUGAUCAACCUUAUGAAUGACAUUGUGCCGUUGAUGAAACUAGACGAUUUAGAGAUUCGUAUACUCUGCUGUGAGUACAUUGUUAGCUUUGGCAACUAUGAUCGCGGCUCAGUCGCAGCAAUUCCAUUCUUGAGAAGAUUCAGAGAUGAAUCAGUCCCAAAUCUUAGGGCAUUGGCUAUAAAGACUAUGAGUUCGCUAAACACGCCGGAUUUUUUCGAGUUGUCUGUUGAAACAGUAAAGAAACUGAUCCGUGAUAAGGAUCCUCAUGUGCGACAAACAACAGCAUUUGCAAUUGCCCGAUUACACCUAAACAAUGCCAAAAGGAUAAAGGAAAUGGAAAGCUUGGUGGACGAUUUAAACAAUUUACUUUACGAUGAAAGCACAUUAGUUGUAUCGAGCGCUUUAGCAGCAUUAACUGACAUCACCGAGCGGAGCAAAACUCUCAAUAUGACUAUUGACAAAGCACACACUUUGCAUUUGAUCAAACUACUAAACAGUAGCGCUAAUGAAUGGCAACAAACUUAUAUACUAAACUCCUUGAUGGCAUACGUACCACAAAGCGAGCAAGAAGCUUUGAGUUUCAUUGAAGCAAUUAUCCCAUCACUACAACAUGAAAACUCUGCAGUGGUACUCAAUGCAAUAAAACUCGUAUUGUACUAUAGCAACUAUGCACGCAAUGUUGAGCUCCACCUCCCAAUAUUACCGAAAAGAAUCGGGUCCUCGCUUAACUCCCUUCUUGCUAAGCCAUCAGAAACGCAAUUUCUUGUGUUGCGAAACGUCAUUUUGCUCCUUUUGGGCAAAAAGAAUCUUGUACAGUUUGAUAUUGAAAUGUUCUACUGUCGAUUCGAUGACCCAAUUUAUGUCAAGGAUACAAAACUUGAAAUAAUCUAUUUAUUAGCCAAUAAUGAAAAUAUCGACUCGGUGCUUGAUGAACUCGAGGAAUAUGCCACUGAUGUUGAUGUCUCAAUGGCAAGAAAAGCCAUUCGCGCAUUUGGAAACCUCGCUGUAAAACUUGAAGGCGGUGCUCAAAGGUGUGUUGAAGUACUUUGCGACUUGAUAUCUACAGGUAUCUCGUACAUUGUCCAGGAAUCAGCAAUUGUCAUCAAAAACAUUAUUAGAAAGUACCCAGGUGAUUUUGACUAUGCAGUAAAAGAACUCAUUAAAUACCGCCAUUUGUUUGAUGAACCCGAUGCAAAAGUAUCACUUUUAUGGAUGAUUGGUCAAUUUUGUGGCGAUAUAGAGGAUUGCGGAGUAAUUUUAGAAGACUUGAUGGCUUCUUACCAAGACGAGCCAACCGAAGUACAACUUGCUGUAUUGACAGCAGUCACCAAGCACUACCUUAUUUAUCCUUUGAAAGGUGAACAGCAACUAUUAGAUGUUAUGAAAUGGGCCACGGAAGAAACUGGUAAUCCAGAUGUCCGUGAAAGAGGAUUUCUAUACUGGCGACUACUCUCUUCAGAGUAUGCCAGUGCUUCUCAAGAUGGGUUCCAGAAAAUCACCAAAGAGAUUGUAUUCAACCGCGACUUGUCAAUAAUAUCAGAAAAUGAUCGAAUACACCCGGCAAUACUUGAAGAGUUGGAGUUGAAUUUCGGCUCUCUCGCAUCUAUAUACCUCAAACCAGUGCAAAGUGUAUUUCGUAUGUCAAAACACAAACAACUUCAAUGGUCUCCAUCUUUGCAACAUCAGCAGCAGUACGAUACUACUUCGCAACGCAGUUCAGUGUCUUCACCAAGACAAAGUCUGAGCCUGAUGCAACGCAAUCAUGCUUCACCUGCACCAUCAAGAACACAUUCAUCUGAUGCGGUAAAGAUAUUUGCUGAUAGAGCAGCACGAGCAGCCUCAAUCAGUCCGCAACAUACGCCAAACUUGGCCCCACCACCUUCGGCGUCAAGAGAAAAUCUUACGCAAAAAUUGACAAGAAAAAGCUCAAUGAUGACAACCAAAAUUGCCAACAAAAUAUCCAACCGCUGA